AUGGGGUCGAGAGCGGAAAGAGGGAAAAGGGCCAUGGAGGCAAUGAGGAGCAUGGGAUUUCCGAGUAGUAGAACAAAAUCCGUACUGAAGAGACUUCUAAACGCGUGCGAAAACAAUUGGGAGCAUAUUGAAGCUGAAAACUACUGGCUGCUCGUUGAGGCUAUACUCGAGGAGGAUGAACCUGAGGUGCAGUUCUUAUUGCUUUUCCUUCAUGCUGAGAUUAUCUUAUUCCUCUCCCAAAAUCAAAUUCUUUUUUUGGUAGGCAAAGGAUCCAAACGGGACGAAUAAGAACUGUGAAUAUGUAAGGAACUUGAUCUGUCCUCUGUGUGUAACUUUUACCAAAUCGCCGAGAUUUACCUCGUGAAUGACCAUUCUUUGUAUUAUUUACCUGCAUUGGUGUGCUGGGAGCAGGAUAUGGAUGGUAAGCAGAGAGAAGCAAUGGUGAGUGAAGAGCCUGAAUCCCGUAGAAAGAGACUGAGGAAAGGACAGGACGACCAGCAUGCAUCAUCACCUUCAGUGCCAAGUGCACAUAUUUCAUUGCUGAAAAAACAAAAGGUGGAGAUCGAUGAUGGGUUACCAAUGAGUUUUCCCUCCGAGAAGAACCUUUUAGCUCGAAGUAAUAAUAGAGAAAGGACUAGGCCCAAAAUAGGAAGGGAGCAUAUGUUAGCUGAUACUUCCCUCCAGCAAGAAAACAUCGAGCAUGUGGGACAUUAUCCUGACCUCCAGAGAAAGUCAGUUGCUGUUGUUGCAACCCGAAUAGACCCCCCCAUUCAGAGGCCCCAGGAAUGGUCACUUGUUCAUAGAUCACCUGAAAAAGUUGAAAAGACUCUAUGUCUGAGAGAGCCAAAGAUUGAACCUGAUCUUUAUCCCAUGCUUGGAGGAGAUGCGCAGAUGGACAACAAUGAUCCAAUCACCUGUGAGCCUCCGUGUGUUGAAUUACCAAUUUCAGUUGUCCACCCACUACUUGCAGCAAAAGGUACAUGUGAUUGUUCUACCAUUUCGUUGUAUGUUUCCUGAUUUCGGACAAGUAGAGCCGCAUCUGAAGUAAAUUGAUCUUUAAUGUUCCACACUUUGUGCGAAGCGUCAAUUUAUUUUUCGUGUGCCUGCUGCUGGUAUCUUGAGUACACCUAAAUGUUAGUCAAACGUCAUGCCAUCGAAUUAAAUGCACUGUUUGUGGAUGUUAAUGGACCGUAAGGCUUCUCCAAGACACAAGUCACCUGAAAAUAUGCUUGACCAUGUCAAUGCGCGAUUGUCUCUGUAUAAUAUUUUAUCCUUCCUUUUACAGCAGUCAGAGUCCAUGCUGUAGUAUGUUCUUGGCCGAAUCGUGUUUAGCAUAGACUCAAUUGGUCUUUAUGUUUCCCACAGUCUUGUGAAACCUAUGCUUUAAUAAAUUAUUAUUGAUGUAGCUUUCAUUUGGUCCAGAGCAAUCAUCAAGUUCUUCGAAGGCCCACUGUCAAAUGCCUUCUUCAAUCACGGAGCCUGCUAUCUUAACCGCUCAAAAUGUUAAUGAAGAUAAUGACCUUACUCGCAUCAGAAACAAGGGUGGAACAAAUGUCGAGAUUACGAAUGUUGUAGAAUCUACUAAUAAUAUCGAGAUAGCAUCGUCAACCAUUGGUGAAAAGAAGGUUUCAUUGCUGUACAAUGUUGCUGGUUUUCCAGAUUUCCAUAUGCCCAGCUUUGAAUCAGUUCUGAAGAGAGUUGAAGACAGAUGCCUAAGAUCAUACAGGAUUCUUGACCCCCGUUUCUCUCUCAUGAACAUAAUGAAGGAAGUUUGCAAAUCAGUACUGGAGUUGGGAACUGACUUGGCUGCAGAUAAGCAGGAAGACCCCAUAAGGAUAAUUCCGUCAUUGGAUUCACUGAAAGCAUCGGGCAUUAAAAUUUUUUCAGGUGGUGCAUCUUCUCGCAAUUUUACUGGCUUCCAAUCCAUCAAUGCCCCUUUUUCCAUGGUUAAUAAUGAACUUAGGUGUAGUGAAGACUACAGGCAUAAAGGAAAAGCCAUAGAGGACACUAGCCACGCCGUGAAGAGAAAUGGAAACGACACUUCAGGGUCCUCCAGUGAAUUGGCUUUGGUAUGCCAGCAUGAACCAGCAUUGGGCAGUGUCCGACCAGUUCAUGAUAUCAGUGACAUCAGUAAGGGUGAAGAAAGAGUCAGGAUACCCAUAGUCAAUGAAUUCUCUAGCGAACGAUGGCCUCCCCAUUUCAGCUACAUUCCACACAGCAUCGUCUACCAAAAUGCUUAUCUUAACUUCUCCCUUGCACGAAUAGGUGAUGAGGAUUAUUGUUCUGAUUGUUUUGGUGACUGUUUGUCAGCCUCAAUACCUUGCGCUUGUGCACGUGAAACUGGUGGUGAAUUCGCCUACACACCAGAUGGUCUACUCAAGAAAGAGUUCUUGGAUGAAUGUAUCUCUGUGCGCCAUGAUCCACCAAAGCACCGCCUGGUUUAUUGCAAAGAUUGCCCACUUGAGAGGUCAAAGAAUGAUGUGAAUCCUGAUGACUGUAAGGGUCAUCUUGUAAGAAAAUUUAUCAAGGAGUGCUGGAGCAAGUGUGGAUGUAACAAGCAAUGUGGUAAUCGAGUGGUUCAACAAGGCAUAGCAUGCAACUUGCAGGUGCAGCUUCUCUUCCGGUUGUUGUGCAGCACACAUCAUUUCAUGGGUUGGCUAAUUGUUCUUAAGAGUAUCUAUCUUGAUGUCUAUUUUUAGGUCUUCUGGACACCAAAGGGGAAAGGUUGGGGUUUGAGAACCACCGAUGAUUUACCCAGAGGGGCAUUUAUCUGCGAAUAUGUUGGUGAAGUACUGACGAACAUGGAACUCUAUGAUCGCACUCUAAAGACGACAGCGAACUCAAGACACACAUAUCCUGUCCUACUCGACGCUGAUUGGGGUUCAGAAGGGGUGUUGAAGGAUGAAGAAGCUCUCUGUCUGGAUGGAACCUUUUAUGGAAAUGUCGCAAGGUUUAUCAACCACAGGUAUUUCUUUUACCGUAGUAUUAUUUCCGGAAUAUGAUAGUUAAUGACUUCUAUGGAAAUGUGCAUUCUUCACACUUUCAAUCAUUCAUUUGAUAGAAUUAUUUUCCCCAUACUAAUUCUUUCGUCGGCCCUUCUGGAAUCAAGAUCUGAACGUGUUCCUCAAGUAGACACGACCUGAAGCCUCCUUUUCUUUUUGCAGCAUCUUUGACUUUUUUGGUACAUUCUUGUCUGAAAUUGUUUACCUGUGUAUCAUAGGGUAUUCAUACCCUGUACUUUGAAGGUCAUCUUUGGAAAUUAUCAUCUAGACUAUUAAUUUAUGGAUAAUGAAGGGACGACUGAAUAUGUUUAGUAGAGCCCUGGUUUCUAGGCGUGGGCUAGGGCGAGAAAUCCUAAUCCUCCACUUACCUGAUAACUCUGUCAAUGAAAUCUUGAAUGUCACCCUAAUUUGCCUUGACAUUCUCUCCUAUUCGUUUUUCGCCAAGCAGCUCAAAGGGUGUGGUAACACAAGCUGAAAUAAUAAAAGAUUAAAUCUGGGGAAAGUUAUACGAAUGAUAUUUUUGAGGACUGUGAUAUUAAGUUAAAUAAAAUAAAAAAGAACAGAAAAGCGCAGGUAAUAGAAGAAAGAAAGCUGAGAAGAAACAUGAUGCAGGAGCAGCUGAGAUUUGAUUAUAAUUCAUACCAAUUGCAAUGUGGGGAAGGAUAUAUACCGUCAAAAUCUUAUUCAGUGUGUGAUUUCGACUUGAAUUGUCUUCCUUUUAGACUAAAUCUUCCUAUGGAGAGCUUGCCUUCCAGUUGGGAAUCCCAAUUAAAUAUAGCUAUAAUGUUCGGAUAUGAUUGGUUGUUGUUACCUGAGCAGACCUACGAUGGAUGGCCUUCUAUUCAUAGAAUUUGUGACAGCGGUUCAAUCAUUGUGGCAGAUGUUUUGAUGCCAACCUGGUGGAGGUUCCGGUUGAAGUGGAGACACCUGAUCGUCAUUACUAUCACGUACGGGAAUUUAUUAAAUCUGCUUUAAAUUAUUAAUUGUUUAUUUUUAUUCGAUCUUCGCAGGUAUCAAUAUUUUGUUUCUAUUUUUUCUCUUGUAGAUUGCAUUUUUUACGGCAAGAAAAAUAGAAGCUUUUGAAGAACUUACAUGGGUAAGCGUCUUCAUGAUUAACGUGGGCAUGCUCUUGAUGAACCAAGGAGAGCCAGGAAAACCCAUAAAAUAGUUAUCAGAGACAGCUUAUAUUUCAGCAGUUUCUUUUUUUUUUUUUUUUUUUUUUGUGUAGGGCUGAUCCCAGGCUUUUUAUGUAAUAUCUUCCGAUAUUAGAUGCAUAUUCGUGUCUGCAAAUAGAAAUAUAAUAUAGUUCUAAAGUUGCAUAUUUUAUAUCGAUGAUUUAAACGCGUUGUUGUUUAUCGAAGUAAUUACUUCUCAUUAUUGUCGUCUUUUCAUUUUUAGUUUAUAUCCAUAUUAAGGUUAAUGAGAGACUUCCUCUGCAAUUCUAGGAAUUUUUUUUAAUUUUUUUUUCAUAUAAAAGGUCAGUGUCACUGUUAUCGAAUUCAUCAGACUUUUCUUCUGAGCACCUGCCUUGCCCUGCAGGACUACGGGAUUGACUUCGAUGAUCACGAGCAUCCAAUCAAGGCCUUUCGAUGUCUCUGCGGCAGCAGAGGAUGCAGGGAUCGGCCUUGUUCGAGCAGUAAGAUAAUCAUGGUCUACGACUUUGACCAAGAAACCCUCUUCUGGUCUUGGCUGCUUACCUUUUUUUUCCCUCUUUUGGCAGGAAGACAUUCAGGUCCUAGCUGAAAAUGGUAACGUGGGCAAGUCUUCUUGUCGAAAACUAUCAAUUUUUUGAGAGGUCGGUCAGCCGGUUCUUGUAGAAAUCAGCUGGUUUUUGGGAGCUCACAUCUUUUUGAGGAAGAACACGUUAAUCUUUCCAUACUUUUACUGAUCUUGAGCUGAAUGAGCUCCCGAGUUGACUCUUUAGCUCCCAAUUAAGGUCGGCAAGAAAAGGGUGGCAAAAAAAAAAAGAACUACAGUGGAACAAAGCAGUUGACCUCAGCCGAGGAAGAGGCUGGGGAGACGAGACGAACACACACUAGGAAUCCUUCAGACCGAUUUCAAAACUCCAACACUUUCACGCGUAUUCAGUGCGAUAAGUAACUGCAGCUGGCCGAAAACCUCCCCCCCUUUACCGUCAGAAUUCUACAUCAGACAAUGGCAUUGGCAGCGCUCGCAAUCCUGGGCCACAGAUCCGCACACUCUUUCCCAAUUGGGCCCGUGAUAGCUGACCCUGUAAAUCAUCCGAUUAAGUUUCAUCAGCCUUAGCAAUGCAUAAGCUCUCUCUCUGUCUCUCUCUGUCUCUCUCUCUCUCUCUCUGUAAAUCAUCCCUUGCAUAUAAAUUGGAGGGUCUCAGGCUGAGAUGACUGUAUGGAACGAGGGCAGGGAUGGAAACGACGACCACAACAACGCAUGAAUGAUCCGAAGAAGCAUACCUUUCAUUUCUCCUUUAGGGUUGACGAUCACCCCGGCAUUAUCUGCAUGAUUUGAGAAAAUGGUCGAAAAAUGAGAAUUCAUGAAUCAGGAGGGAGGGAGAAAGACAAUAAGGGUUAGGAGAGGGAGAAGAUAUUUACUAGAUGGUUUGAUAUCUCUCUCAUGUAAAAACAUAAAAUCACUGCAAGGGAUGGUCCAAUUAUAUCGCACAUGAACAUACCAAUGCAUGAUCAUGCCCGAUCAUAUCAAAAAUUCUUUAUCAAACAGGAAGACAUUCGAGGUGGAGGGGGGGCACCAAUUGGAUCACAAUUUUCAGCGGAAGAAGCAGAGGCCGAGUAAAGUACCUUCGAAGUACAUGA